UCCAAAAUCGUAGCAACACCCUUCUCAGCCCCGACCCUCUUCUCUUCACCCCUUGGUCCCACCGUCUCGGCCCCAACGCUCUGCCAACGGCGACGACCUAUAAUUUAGGGCGGAUAAAGUGCUUCGUGCAGCACGUGGAGGCAGUCGUCGUGGUUUCUACCAAGGCUCGGCGCGUGCGAGUUCGACCGACGAAGACCAUCUCUACAUGCGACAAGGACGAGCGCUAUCAGUGUAGCACGUGUACAUGUAUGUGUACUACUACUCCUGUGUAUGUGUCGAGGAACGUGCAUACGCAACAACAUAUACUUACUCACGCUUCGUCACAUAUGGAUCAUCGAAUCAUGAACGAAAAAACGAUUAGAUUCUUCCAUCAUAUAUCUUUGGAAAAAAAAUAUGUAUAUUUAACGUAAUUUUCUUUCGGAAUCGUUAUUAGAAUCUACGUUAGAUCGUAUAUUUUUUGUUUAUAUUCGUUCGCAAGAAUAUUUAAAACGUAAGAAAAAAGGAAAAUGAAGAAGUAGGAAGAACGAAGGACGGAUUUUUUGAAGCAAAAAAAAAGAACGUCGAAAGAAGAAAAACAAUUUUUUUUAUUUAUCUCAUUCUCCUUCCUAAACGACUACUAUAAUCGUCUUAUUACAUCGCUACAACCGGGACGACCGAUCGAUAUCUUCCUUUCCUGCCUACCCUUCCGAACAAAGAUCACCUCGCUUUGUUUCUCUCCUGUUACAUUUUCUAGUAUACUCAAAUAUAAUAUUUCUAUCGCAUCGAGAUAUAUCGAGAUGAUCUUUCAAUGAUUUGAUUUGUAUUUUUAAAAUUUUUUAUCUUUCUUAUCGAAAAACAAUGACGAAAAUUUGCGUUUGAUCGAAUUAAAUAUCAAUACUCGAGAAAGAGAGUAACAGGGCAACAAUAAUGUCAUUUUAUUGUGAAAGUAUUAAUAUCUUUUACACGAACGAAAGAAUUUUGCAAUGCAUGAAUCAACUAUCUUCUUUCUAGUCGUUGCACUAUGCACAUGAUCCUACGAUCGCAUCAUCGGUUACACUCAUCAUAUCCUCUUCGUUCAUUCUUUUUUUCCAUGGCCUAUGAUGAUACCGUCCGAUAGAAACGAGGUCGUGUGUAUGUACGUUCGCUUUCUCCGCUAUUUACACGAGCGCGUGCCUUUCUUCCCCCAUUUUCGGUCGUUACACUCCCUUGCAUUCGUUGAUUCCUUUUCGAGCUUGAAACGGAUAUCAACGGAUAUUCUCCUUAAGAAAUACAUUUUUUCUCGUAAACGUAUCGUGCACAAACACAUCCAGUCUAUUUUUUCUUCACAGUUUCAAUCUUAUAGGAAUUACUAGAAAUCGGAAUUUAAUUUUGACGACUAUUUAAAAUAUUUUUAUACGAGUUUUUUUUUGUGACAUUUGUAAAAUUACAAGUUCUUCAACAUACAUUGAUGGUCGAUCACGAGCAUACAUAUGCAUGCAAUUCUAUUAUAUUAUAUUAAACUACAAAAUUACGUAAAUCGUUACUAUAGUAUUGUUUAUUGCGUUGGAUAAUAUUUGCUUAAUUUUCUGCGAAAUCUUAAUUUUGGCAGGUUCUCUUGGUUUAUUUUGAUCUAGGAAAAGUUAUGAAAUAAAUAGGAACAUAAUACAUACAUACAUACAUACAUACAUACAUAUAUAAAUAUAUAUACAUAUAUCAAUUUAUGCAAGAUUGAUUACUUAGGCAAAUGUACGUAUUAAUAUUUCGGAUCGAAUAUAAUCGAUAUACUCGAAGUGUCAAUAACACGUGUUAGGGAGAAGAUGUAAUUACGACGCAAUGACGAUUAUUAUGAUCGUCGGAGCAGAAAAAUAUCGCAUUGUUCUAGGACACCCAUAAAUAAAAGAUAUCUUUCAUUAUGGUCGUGUUUCAAGAUUCUCUCUACCUUCUUUUCGAAAAAAAUAAAAAUUAGUAUUUCUUUGCCUUCAGAUAAAAUUCAAGGCGUACUCGUAACCUGCAUGAGACUGCGUCUGGACCUACCUUAUAUUUCGUCAUUCCUUUUUUAUAUGAGGUAACUUUCGUUUCAGCUUCUAAUAAUAAAACGCGAGAGAAUUUUAUUAGUCGAUCUUUCGAAAGGGGAGGUCAAAGACUCGUGAGAUUGUUAUACGUGGCCAACGUGUAGAAGACAAAAUUAAAAGGACAAGGAUCUUAAGGGGAGAAAGAAACGAGGGAACAAAGAUCGUUGUGAAUUUAAUCGAAAUUAUUCAAACGUGUAUCUAUAUAUAAAAUAAUUUAUACAUAUACAUACAUACAUACAUAUAUAUUAAUAUUUGAUAUAGUAUUAUAUAAACAUAAUAUAUUUAUACAUCAUAUUAGGGAAAAAACAAAUAUAUAAGCAUCUCUUUCUCUUUCUCAUUCUCAAACAAUGAAAUGAGUAAAUAUUACACAUAUAUAUGAUAUAAUAUAAAUAUAUUUUUUUAAUUUAUUUUUUAGCAAUUAUUAUUUCGUUUCGAAGAUUAUAGCCAAAUUUCCUUCCCUCGGUCUGGUCGAGUGAGCCUCGGACAAGUGCCGGUGUAACCGAUGUUGCUUUCAAACGAGAGAGGAGCAAUGACCUAGUGCGCGUAGUGCACGUGUAGCGUCUGGAAACCCCGACGACUGCCUCAGAGUCAGGGCAUUGGUCGCCGCGUGCGGGUGACGCCGAUCUGUGCCGUCGCUCGUGCCACCUAUACCUACGAACUACGUAUAUAUAUAUGCGUGUAUAUAUAUAUAUAUAUAUAUAUAUAUAUAUAUAUAUGAUAUAUAUAUACACAAACACAUUUAUAUCUUUAUUCAUAUAUGUUAGUAACGACGAAGAGCUUGUGUACGCCCCUGCCUACCGAUAAUGCCACGCUCCAAAAGGAUAUAUACGUAUACGUGUACGGUGACGGUUGGGUUAUCCUCCGGACACGCCUACGACAUCCUAAAUUGAGUACUUUUAGAAAGUACAAAAAAAAAAGAAAAGAAAAAAUACACGCGCACAUUUAUAAAAUUCAACAAUUUUUUUUUUCAUUUAUUUAUUUCGAGACGUCUUUUUACGCGGUUCGAUGCUUUUCUUACAUCGUCUCAUGAGAAUAAUUUGAAAAAUAUUUUUUAAGGGUGGCCUCGAUUGAUCUUUAGACACUACUGCGAACGUAUAUGCGUAGAUAGAUACAUACAUAUAUAUAGUGAAGCUAUAGAAAUAUGCUGAUGCUUUUUGAAAUUAAAUAACUUUUUCUAAAUCGAGUAAAAGAAAGAAAACUUUGAAUUUUUGCAUAGGUAUUGAAAAAGUAGGAAUAUACUAAUAACUUCGCAAUUAUAAUAUAACUUUCGUAAUUUUGAAAAAUUUUUACUAUCGUAGUAGUUACGUCGUCUUUUACGAUAUGAUAGUGUACAUUAUAUAAUAACGAUUUCAUAGAUCUUUGAAUAUUUACAGAAAGCAAGACAAUCAGAUUUUGCUAUAAUAACGUUUAUGCUAUAAUAAAUAAUAUUAAAAAGUUACCGCAAGGAAUUACUUUUUUGUUGUAAUCGUAAUUUGAAUAAUUAUAUUUGUAAUCCAAAAAAAGAAGUAAUUCGAUUAAAAAGAAUAUUCGAAUAUUUUUGUGACUCAAUCUAAAUGUAGAUAGAACGAAGAGUUGUAGUUGGAUGAUUAUUCGUUAAACAGGACAGACACGUGUCCGGAGAAUCCAGUAUUCGAUCGAAGCGUAUUUGUAAAGAGAGAACGAGUAGGUUAAUUCUUCAAGUUAUCUCAACUUUGAAAAUAACAUGUUUUCCAAGCUUCUAUCUGUUAUCCCUAGCAUUAUUAAAUUUGAUGAAAUCAUCCAAUUGGCCGGUGGUUCCGGGAGUCCUUGAUUCGACCCUGCGUACACGCGUAGAAAUAUUCGGCAGGAGUGGCGCACAUUGACAAGGUUUGUGCGUAGUAUCCUGACACGUCAUGUGGUCCUGAGGUCGAUAAACGUCUAAUGCGUUUGAUUCGAUCUCUUUGUUGUAACGAAAUUUCGUAUUUCUUAUUUUUACAUCGUUGUUUUAAUAAAUUCGCAUCAAUAUUUCUAUAUGAUUUACGCUGGAAUAUUUACAUUUUGUGUUUAUAAAAAAUACAAUCUUUUAUAAAUAAUUUCAAUUAAAUUUAUUAACAAAAAAUGUUUCUAUUAAAUCUAUUUUACUUAAUAAAAUUUUACGGUAUAAUAUGUAUAUAUAAAGACGUGCGUACGCACACAUACACACACAUAUAUCAUAUAUACGUCGAGUACAACGUGGCACGAAGGAAAUUUUUUCAAUGGCUCAAAGGUUUGGCAAGGUUCUCUCGUGCGUUCCGGGCUACAAGAGGAGAGAUUGCCAACGCGCGCCGAAAGAGGAAAGAGCAAGGGGUUAGGGAGAAGAAGGAUGUAGAGAGAUGACGUGAGCGUGUGAGCGCGUGCCCGCGCGCGCGCACUCGUUUGAGAGAAGAACCAGCUAGGAGUUGGCCGCUCUCGAACCCGAAAGAGAAGAGGGUUGGAAGUGGAAGGGGAGCGAGAGCGAGUCUAGAGCGCGAUGUCGUACCUUGACCAAUCUCAACAAGACUUGUUUUAAGCUAUGCCAAGCCAAGCGACGACCUUAGAAACGACUCGCUGAUCGCAUCGAAACCGAAAUGGCAAAUGGAAAGGAGAAGAGGCGUGACUCUUCUUCUCUUUCUCUUUCUUUUUCUUGCACAAAGAAUCACUUGGUUUCUUUCUUUUCUUUUUUCUUUCCUUUUCAUUUUUUUUUAUUUUUUUAUCGACGUACCGAAACCCUUCUAACAUCGACUCGAAAGUAACCGCAGAAAUAAAUUCCUUUUUCUUUUUUAGACAAGUUAAGCAUUAUUUAAAUGUAUUAUUGAAUUAUUCACGAAAUGUAAACGAGGGUGUGUUACAAUUAUAGAAUUUCUAAGUAUAUAACCAGCGUGUUAUAUCUUUUGUGUAUGUAUUAUGUAUUAGAAAUACACACGUGUCACGUUACUAUCAUGAGGUAAGUUCGAAAUGGAUAAGAAGAUGAGCUAGAGAAAGCUAGAUGCGACUUAACGAACAUUUGGCCUUGAAGAAUCUCUAUGUCAUCUGCAUCGAAUGUCAAAUAUCGUGGCACGUGGGCCGAGAGGUAGCUGACCUUUAAAUCCUUUCUUCUUGCCCUUUCUAUCUGAAGAUGAAAGCACUCUAAAGCUUGACCUGCUUUUGUAACGACACAUUUUCUACUUUUUCUAGUCAUUUCGAGUUUCUCGUAUAAUGUAUAUACAUAGCUAUUAAGAUUUAUCGAUCAUUUUUCUUUGUAUCUUUUUCCUAUCAACUGUUGGUUUAUCGUCUUGAAAAUAUUUUUAAAUAUAAACGAUGAGUAGUAACUCAUUCGAUAUUUAAAAGCAUUGCAUUAUUGACUUCCUGUGAUGGGUCAUCUAGCAUUAAUUUCAUUCGCAUUUCGUACGUGCAUGUAAACAGUUUUGUAUACAUUAUAUAUAGUAUGAGGUGAAUCGAUGUAAGGAUAAUGAUUUCAUGUGACUUCUUGUGCGUUAAAUUCUCCGUGUGCUUAUGCUUAUAAGAUAUAUUUUUAAUUUAUAAAUCGUGAAGGGGUAUCAUUGAAAUUCUCUUACUUCAGUAUUAAUUUGUCUUUAAAACGGUUCACUAGUUCUUAUUAACACUUCUUGGCACGUUCACUUUGUGUACUUUAAAACAACGAACAUUUUAAUAUAUCUAAUUAAUUCUUCUCACAAUUUCUCGAAUUUUUACAACGUAUCACAUUAAAUCAUAUAUUACAAUAUGAAUCGACACUUCAAAUACAUUCGUUAUAUUUUUAAUUCAACGUUUCGAAGAACAUUUGAUAGAAGAAAUGUUAGAAUGUUAACCACGGAUAAACAAAUAGAAAUGCCAUCUUAUCAACAUACACCAUCCGUUUAUACGGGACCAAGUUACGAUAGUUUAAAAGCAGCACACGAGUCGAACAUAUCACCUAGUUUAAAAAUGUAUUAUAAAAAGCCAUUGUUAUUAUACGAAGGACGGAAUCAAUGGCUAUGGGGUCAUGAUGGUAAACGUUAUUUAGAUAUGUUCGGUGGCAUCGUUACCGUUUCUAUAGGCCAUUGUCAUCCAAAAAUCGUAGCUGCGAUAUCGGAUCAAGCGAGCAAACUUGGUCAUGUCUCAGCGCUUUACAUGCAUCCUCGUUUAUACGAAUACAGAGAAAAAUUAGCUGCCAAAUUACCGGAAAAGCUUGGAGUUAUCUAUCUCGUCAAUAGUGGCUCCGAAGCUAACGAAUUAGCAUUUCUAAUGGCAAGACUUUAUACUGGCGAGCAGAAUAUUCUUUCAUUGAAGAAUUGUUAUCACGGUGGAACUCGUGAAACUUCGGCAACGAACGCUUUAAGCACGUGGAAAUAUGCAAUUCCUCAACCACCCGGUCAUAUACAUGUAUUUAAUCCAGGCUUACGGAAAUAUCUUUCCUGCGAUUCGAAAUGUAAAGAUUGUUCUGUGGCGGGUGUAAAGGGUACGUGUAACUGUAGCAAUGACGAAUGUGUCUUAUUUCAAAAAUAUUUGGAGGAAUUUGAAGAUAUUUUUCGAUACAGUUUACCAAAGAAAGGAGGUGUUGCUGCUUUUAUCGCAGAAAGCAUUCAAGGUAUCGGAGGCGUUGUACAAUAUCCACGGUUAUUCUUAAAGAAAGUUUAUGAGCUCGUUCACGAAAACGGUGGUCUUUGUAUAGCCGAUGAAGUACAAACUGGCUUUGGUAGAACAGGCGAUCAUUUUUGGGGUUUCGAAGGUCAUGGAAUUCAACCUGACAUAGUAACAAUGGCAAAGGGUAUUGCUAAUGGAAUUCCUCUCGGUGCUGUUGCGACUACUGCUGAAAUUGCUAGUUGCUUGAACAGAGCACUUCAUUUCAAUACCUACUCUGGAAAUCCAAUUAUUUGUGCUGCAGGAUCAGCGGUGAUUAAGAACGAAGAUAUGCAAAAAAAUGCCUUAAUUACGGGGACUUAUUUGUGUCAUCAAUUAAGUACUUUGACUCACGAUUUUCCGGAUAUCGUGUGCGACGUUCGAGGAAAGGGUUUUAUGAUAGGUGUAGAAUUGGCAGAAAAUAAUAGAACAAAAAAAUAUAUCAAAGAGGAACAUAUGUGCGACAUAUUCGAAGAUAUCAAAGAUAUGGGUGUACUUGUUGGGAAAGGUGGAUUAUCUGCGAAUGUUUUAAGAAUAACACCACCGAUGUGCGUUACGAAGGAAGAUGCAGAUUUUACAGUGAAUGUUAUUAAAAGAGCACUGUACCGAUAUCGUAAAAACCGUUUAUAUGAGAAAGAAUUUUAGUUCUGUAUAUAUAGAUUAUAUUUGAAAUAAAAUAUUUAUUGGCAAUAUAUAUAUAUAUAUAUAUCAUUUUGGAAAUUAUAUAUUGUUGAUAAUUUA